AUGAGCAGUUUAGAGUACUUAGCAUAUCCAGUGAUUGUUGCCAAUCACAGGCAGAGUACCACCAUGAAGAAAAAACUGGACAUUGGUGACUACCUCUCUCACAAGAACAAACUAGAACUCGCAAGACCUCGUGUUGAUAAUAAACCCCCACGUGCACAAACUCACCAUCACUUUAAAAUGAGCAAGAUUCAGGAGGACCAGAAGAGAAUUGGUAGAAUCGAAAGAGAAAACAAGCAGCUGGCAGAGAGGUUAGCUACCAUUCAGCGUGGGACAGGGAUGGUGGAUUGCUGGAAUGAAUACUUUCAGAGGAGCUCAAAUAGGGAGAAGCAGAACAGGGAGAUGGUGAGGAUCACUGUUGAAAAUCAGGGGAUUCUGAAGCGACUUGGUGACCCUAAACCUACAUAUGAUCGUAGGAAGUCUGAGAUUGAUUGGCAGAAUUCACGGCACUAUAUCCGGAAUACCACGCGGUAUCUCAUUGCUUCUCGGGAUAGCUAG